AUGUGCUGCUGCAACAGUGGCGCUGCAGCCGCUAAUCAGGAGAAUGCCAAGGAUCCGCUUGCAGGGACGACGGAUAUUCCUGGUGCUGCAUGGGAAGGCGUUGGGGCCGCUGCUCAAUCAGUCAAUUCCCUCCGAGUCCCCAGCCUUUUUGCGGUGGGGGACGAUGUUUUUGCCGUUGCCGAGGCCCACUGCACGAAGCAAGACGGCGAGGCCGACUGCUUAACUGGCGUUGCGUUGAAGCACCUCAAGGAAACCGCGGAGGGUGCUGCGAUGGAGAUGGCGGCGGCGGACACAAGUCUCCUUUACACACAACUCGUGGAGGGAGGUGCCGCGGCUGUGAAGAAGGCAAUGGACAUCAUGCGGCCAACAACAGUUGUGCGCGGCAAAGAUGUCUACAUGCUGCUGGGAAACUACAGCCGUGCAUCGUCUGCAAGUCAAGUUUCCGGCAAAACUGGCUGGAAUCUUUUCCUGGUGAAGGAAACUGUGAGUGGCGACGAUGAAACGAAGAAAAUCGAAUGGAGUGAGACCCAUGCGGUGCAGCCUGAAUCCGUGGGAAGCCUUGCCUCCCUGACGCAGUUGGUCGGCGGCGGAGGCUCGGGCCAUGUGCUGAAGGACUGCACGCUUGUGUUCCCCAUGCAGGGAAUCAACAAGGAGAAAAGAGCGCUAUGUUGUCCAUGCGCCUCAGGCAGUCAGACAAUAAAUGGACGCUUUCGCAGGAGACGACCGGUGCGGGCUGCAGAGACCCGUCCAUCGUGGAGUGGGGGGGCGAAGAGAAACUCCUCGCGAUGA